AACACCGCGGUCUGCCGCCUGCGAACAGAUCACGGGGAAAGGCUGUACGCUGAUUUUCCUUUGCGCGAAAAAAAUAAACAGUAGGCAUAACCACAUGCCUGCAAUUCGAAAUUCAAAAUCGCGCGCCAAUAACAUGACAGCAAAAAUUGUCCAUUAUUAUUUUAGUUGAAAUAUCUUUAACAGUAGAAGAAAAUGUGACAUUAAUAUAGAUUUCUACUAGAAAUAGUGCAUUUGAGUUAAUAUGGUGGUUUAUUGGCAGAAAGUGCUUUUGGCAUUUAUUCUAACUUCAAUCUUGGAUGUCAAUAGCGAACUGUUCGGAAAUGAUGAACAUUCAAAGCAGCUAUUCGAUUACUUGUCUGAGACGGAAAAGGUGUUCCUGUUUGGUGAUAAUCACAAGGAGGCACAAUUCGAAAUAGCACAUCUGAAGCAGUCGAAACGUCGUAAACGCUCAUUAACACACGACGAUAAAGAACUAGUCUCACUGAAGAAUCAUUUAGGUGUGAAGGUGACACCCAGAAAUAGUUUCCUAGACCCUAAGUUCCUACUUAUGAGAAGAUGGUCCAACAGCACUGAACUCGUACUGGACCAACUCGCUGACGAUGAAUUAGACCACUGUUACUAUAGGAGUGAGGAUGCAGCAAUAUAUGCAUGUGAAGAUGUGAGGGGUUUCAUUAAAACCAACAACAGUUACUAUUACAUCCAUCCGUUACCAGAAAGAUUUCAUCAUGAAGAUUCAAAAGCACAUGUGAUAGUUAAACGACAAAUAACAAAUUUACCUACAGAAACUAAUCAACAAAAGGAAGAUACUUGUAUUGAGAGAGAUAGUAUUGAUACAUCUAUCACCCCUCAGCCAGUUAGAAUAUGGACAAAACAUAGAAGAAAACGAGAAAUAUCUAAUGUAAAUGAAAUGAAUGAUUUAGACGGAUUUAAAUUGAAUUUAGCUCAUAGAAAUAAAACUAUAGGAACGUUUAUAGAAAAACUAUUGACUGAUACAAAGAGACAGAAAAGAGCUAUUUUGCCAGCGGUUUUUGUAGAAACGGCUGUUUUUGUUGAUAGAGACUUGUAUAAACAUAUGACUGUGAAUUUUCCUAAAGACACAGAAAGAGAAUUGGUUAGAUUUGUUUUAGCUAUGAUUAACGCAGUGCAAUUGUUAUAUCAUGAUCCCUCUCUUGGAAGACCUGUAAAUUUCAUUUUGAAAAGAUUGGAGAUUCUUCAUGAAGACCCGGUUAAUUUGAAGCGACCACAUGAUAUUGAUAGAUUUUUAAGCAAUUUUUGUACCUGGCAAAGAUUAGAGAAUCCACCUGGUGACAAUGAUCCUUUGCAUUGGGAUCAUGCCUUGAUUUUAACUGGUUUAGACUUGUAUGUGGUCAAUAAGAAUGGUAAAGUUAGCAGUCAAGUCGUAGGUCUAGCUCCAGUGGCUGGAAUGUGUACGGUCACUAGCAGUUGUACAGUAAAUGAAGGAAGACAUUUCGAAAGUGUUUACGUAGUGGCACAUGAAAUAGGUCACAAUCUCGGCAUGCGCCACGAUGGUCCUCUAGCAGAUAACGGUUGUGAUCCCAGUGCGUACCUGAUGAGCCCAACACUCGGUAGCGGGAAGAUCACCUGGUCUCAGUGCAGUAAAAACUACCUGCAGAAGUUUCUAGAUACAGUUCAGUCUCGGUGUUUGUUAGACCAUGGAAACUCUGCUGGUCAGUUGGAUCACAGUGCUGAAGGUAUUCUUCCUGGUGAGAGAUUCGAUGCUGAUCAACAAUGCAUGCUGAAGUACGGCAGUGGGAGUCGCCACUCCGCUGCUCAGAACUUAGAGGACAUCUGCAGGGAUUUGCAUUGUCAGAGGGAGAGGUACACGUGGACGUCACAUCCUGCGCUAGAGGGGACCAAAUGCGGUGAAGAUAUGUACUGCCGCGGCGGGUCUUGUGCUGGUGGUGUGGAGGCUUCAGGGCGGUGGUCACGAUGGUCACGGUGGUCGGAGUGCGCGUCCGCGUGUUUGUUGGACGAACGCCGAGCACCUGCUGCUACUGGAGUUGCCGUUGCCACCCGGCGGUGCACCAGGCCCAGACACGACAACACGAAUAACUACUGUUCGGGACACGACAAGAAAUAUCAAACAUGUCACGCAGAUCAGUGUAACAACGUGCCACGAAUGACUGUUAGGGAGUUCGCCGAUGAAAUAUGCUCCAGAGCUCGAGAAGUGGACCCUGACCUCAUUGGUACCGGUCUGCAAAGGAUUGAUACAGAUGAUGUGAGCAGCGCGUGCGCAGUAUGGUGCGAUACAAGAGGAGGUGGCUACAAAUCUCGCGGCUGGACCCUCCCCGAUGGGACUGCUUGUUCGCGGUCAUCACCUAUGUUCUGCAUCUCCGGAGUCUGCCAGAAAUUCACAUGCUCCUCAAGUACUGACAACGAGUUCACAUUGAAGCCCAGCGAAUGCGAAUGGGAAGCCUUACAGUUACAAACUGCUACACCGCACACCACCUCUACAAAAACGUCAGGCACGUGGCGUCGUGCCGUGGGCUCCCAGUGGCGGCCGACGAGCGGCUGCCACUACCACUGCGUGUGGCCCGGAGCUGGUGUGCGACUCGUGCGGUCCUCCUCCAGGAACUCCGCCAGCAUACAGCUGUGCCGGCCCGACACCACCAGGCCCGAUCUGGGCUGCACUCAUCGCAAGACACCUUACCAGUACGCGACAAUGGUGUGCAGCAAAUACAAAGAGAGGGUGAGGAGACUGUCCGGCUUAGGGAUGCAGAUAUCACCUGCACUUGAGGACCCAGACCGUCCAUGCCGCAUCGCGUGCCAGGACGAACACAGAGGAUGUCAAAGGCACAAAUACUAUGUGUAUUCGACACUUGAGGGCCAGUUCCCGCUCGGCACCGCCUGCGGGAAGAAUAACUCCUCGUACUGCAUCAGCGGCAAAUGCUUGGAAUUUGGUCCUGACAAUACUCCCCUAUCCGAGAUGGUGUUCACAUUACCACUGCUGGGCCGAAGUAGUACCAGCUCGAGUAGCAGCAUCAGUACGAGCAUGAGACGUGUGACGUCACGACACCGGCGCAGUCUUCACCGCGACAGGAUCACAGUGAAGGCGACACUGGAACAGCGCCAUCUAGAGGACUUGAUCGCAAGACUUAAUCUUACAAACAACGGCAGCGAGCAUGUGACCUACUAUGACGUCAUACCGGACAAUAUAGAGGUGGACUUCAACAAUCCCAUACACAUAGCACCCGAGGAUACUCUGAUGAGGAAACCGCCCCGUCCCACUUGGGACUAAUUUUGGGACACUCGGGACUCAUUUUGUAAAGCAUCUAUAUAAAGCAAUCCUAGACAUCUUUAACAACUAUUUUAGCACUAUGAAUGUACAGAAAAAAAACUUAUUAUCUUUUCCAUCUUAGUCGAUUCCUCAAGGUCUGGUCGUGACCACCAAAUACACUUCUUGAGGUAUCUCUAUUUUGUACAAAGUAGAUGGCUGAGUGUAUAUUUCGCUUGACGGCAUCUCGAAUGGCAUCAGUCUCGUGCAGGUGCUCUACCUCUGGCCAUUCUUCAGUUUGUUUAUUUAUUUAUUUAUUUUUCAAACAUUAACCUAAAUAAU